GUGAAAUAUUCUAAUUGGAAAAUUGAGUCCCAUCACUAUUUUCUGAUUGAUGGCGGAUGAAAUAUUCGUGUGAUAGAUGGCGGGAGUGAUCUCGUGUGAUAUAAUAAAUUUUGUUAGAUUAGUUUAUUAAUUUAGUGUAUAAAGUUAUUAAAAUGAGUAGGCCUAAAAUAGAGCUAGGGGAUGUGACGCAGCAUAAUAUUAAACAGCUGAAGAAGUUGAACACAGUUGUGUUCCCGGUGUCAUACAAUGAUAAGUUCUACAAGGAUGUAUUGGAAGCUGGUGAAAUGGCAAAGCUAGCCUAUUACAAUGAUAUCGUGGUGGGCGCAGUGUGCUGUAGAAUAGACACGACGGAGAACUCGCGGAGACUGUACAUAAUGACGCUAGGCUGUUUAUAUCCCUACAGAAGACUUGGCAUAGGCACUCUGAUGGUAGAGCAUGUGCUCAAAUAUGUAGAACAGGAUGGAAACUUCGACAGCGUAUUCCUACAUGUCCAAGUCAACAACGAGGGUGCAAUAGAUUUUUAUAAAAAGUUUGGAUUUGAAAUCGUGGAGACGAAAGAACAUUACUACAAGAGGAUAGAGCCGGCUGACGCCCACGUCCUUCAGAAAACACUGCGGGAGCCGAGCGCUCCCUUAGUCAAUGGAACUGUGCCACACGCUAAAACCAAUGGUCAUGACUGAACAAAUCACUAAUCUCCAUUCAUGUACAAAGAGCCUCUAUGUUGUUCUCGUGGAAUAAGCAGGUAUACAACAUUUUCUAUGGAAUAACAUAAUCACUUGAUGUAGACAUGACAUUUUCUCCUAAGCUAAGCUAGAACAGCCAUUACAUACCACAAUAUAAAAUUGACCAGUGUCAAAACAUAGCUAAUAUAGUGCAGUUUAUCCAGAAACAUGUGAAUACCCAUUUUGCUCUUAAUACUAAACUAGAAUUUACUCAUAUAAGACUUAGAUUUAAAGUUUGAUA